UUUCUACUUGCUUUAUCCUUUAUAAUAACUAUUAAUAAGUUACAGGGCCAGUUAUUUGAGGCAGUAGGGGUGGAUUUACGGUCGCCGGUCUUUUCUUACGGCCAGUUCUAUAUGGCAGCUUUACGGGUAAUCUCACAAGCAGGGCUUUGUAUUCUUUUACCCCCUGAUAUAAACCAUAUGAGUAAUAUAGUAUACCCAGAAAUAUUACAAGGUCUUGCUUAG